GCGUAUGAAAACCAACUUUUAGGUGUACACAGGUGUGAAUGCAAUUCCAAAGAUAAGAUUUUAUUUUUAUUCAAACGAAAAUGAAGCUUUCCAUUUGUCACCUUAUUGCUUCAGGGUAAAAAUGUACAUUUAUGCUUUCAAAUUAAUUAUCCCAAAUGAUCCUUAAUUGUGUUUCAUCAGUAUAUUUUUCAUUGAACAUUCUACAACGUCAAGCUGCAAUACACACGAAUCAGCAGCAGAGGGCGCAGAGCCGUCUUCUCCUUCUCUGAGAAGACGUCAUUGGCCUUUGAAGAUGGCUGGAGAGGGGAGAGGUAGCUGGACACCCGCUGAACCGCGAAGGUCUAGUGUAGCUCACUGACAUUGCUUUGAACGGUAGUUAUUUUACACACACGCCACGCGGUUCUGGUUUUUAUAUUUGGCGGAGUUUUCACGAUGGUAAAAAAGAGGAUGUAAUAAUUAUACAUUUGCUUUUUGUUGUAGAACCAAGCGUGGACUAAUGACACGGAAAGGAACGAGAGUGGAGCUGCAAAGAUAGCUUAGCUUAUUUUAGCUUAGCUUAGUUUAGUUUAGUUUAGUUUAGCUAAACUAAUCUAGCACUGUCGAGACUAAGCCGAUACUGGGUUUUAUGCUGUGAACGCGGAAUAAACAGCCUAUCUCGGAAAUCACUGAUCCUGCUACCGAGUUGCUGCAGUAACUGGAUAGCUAACACAGGCUAUGUCUGUAGCUACCUUGUCACAUAUCGCUCGCUAACCUACCUAGAGGUAGUUGGCUGGAUAUUCUCAAACCGGACUAGCGAAGUGUGAUUGCUUUUGUUACAGGUUUCUCACCCAUCGGGAUCCAAAAGAUCUCUAAAGAAAUGUCAUUUCAGAUCGAGGUGGUCAUGCCAUCCUUGACGGGUUCACCGAGUCACAGAGAAAGCUAAUGGUUGAAUCAGCCGCUGGAGACAGAGGUGCUGAGGAAGGGAGACCUCCGUACGCUGAUGUUCCAGAGAAGCGAGAGGACAUGGACGAGCUGCACCCUCAGGCUGCUUCCCCGCACAAAACCCGACAUGGCUCGACUGGAAAGGAGAGAUGGCAUGACCGUGCUGUACUGCGCCCUAGUACCGGAGAUCCAUGUGAAGAAGCCCGACCUGACUGCCCGAGUCAGGCGAGCGUAACGAAGCUCCCGAACGGAAAUGUGAACUGCUUCUCCACCUGUGACGAGUCUACUUCUCCUUUAUGCUGCUCUUCCCGUAAAUACAGCAGAGCAGUAGUUAACGGGGAAUUAUUUUCAGACUCUGACGGUGCAGCACAGUGUGUUGACGCGUUAUCAGCUGUCCCAUCCACUAGCUCUGUCUCGUGUACUUCGGAUGCUCAACCAGUUCAAACAACCUCAGAUGUGGGAGUAGCAAUCCAGCAACAAGACAAAGAUGAGAUCAGGACUUCCAGCUCAGUGCAUGGUUCCCAUCCUUUGUUAUAUAGCCCAGCUCAAAGGGAAGCCAGCAGUGGAGGCCAGGAAUCAGGAAUUGCCUCCAUUGACUGUUCCGCCCAAGCAGACUUAACCCCUAGGCCACAUUUUUUCUGGUCCUUGUCUCAGAGCCCUUCCCUUGGCUCUGACCCCACUCCUCUGAGCCCCGAGGGUCAAGAGUGCUGCUCCGAUCCACAUGGGCAACACGACUUGACCUUUAUGGACGUGAGCCUAAUCUCCAGGAACACAUAUGAAAUCAACCGACGCCAGAGCGCCCCAGAUAACAUCCCCGGAGUGCUAAGCGUAGCUGUCCCAGACCUGGCCCUGGGGCAGAAAAAGAAUGGGCUUUCUGAGAUUUUUGGCAGGGGCCUCUUCUCCCGGAGGCAGAGGGAAGCUCAUAGUGCUCCGGGCUGGAAGCUGUUUGGCAAAGUCCCACCGAGAGAGAGCACCCCCAAAGACUCCAGGACCAUUCAGCAGGAGUAUGAAGCUAAGACAAGCAAAGCAGGCCACAGUCCACCCCAGCCCACUUCAGGACGACGCAAGAAUCUGCAGUUUGAACCCCUGUCCACCACAGCACUCAUAUUAGAAGAGCGGCCAGCCAACCUUCCUGCGAAGCCUGAAGAGGAAGCUCAGCGCCACCGUCAGGAAUACAACGAGAUGGUAGCCGAAGCCAAGAAGAGGGAGCUGAAGGAGGCACAGAAGAAGAAGCAGCAAAUGAAGGAACGUUUCAGGCAGGAGGAAAGCAUCGCCAGCGCCAUGGUGGUGUGGAACACAGAGAUCCUGCCCAACUGGGACAGCAUGCGUAGCACUAGGAAAGUUAAAGAUCUGUGGUGGCAGGGUCUGCCACCCAAUGUGCGGGGCCGAGUGUGGAGCCUAGCCAUUGGGAAUGAUCUGAACAUCACUGCAGAGCUCUAUGAGAUCUUUCUCUCCCGAGCCAAGGAGCGCUGGAAGACCUUCAGAGAGGUGGGCUGCGAGGCUGAAGCAGAGGACAGCGGUGCGUCCAUGGCAGACCGUGAGUCCAGCCUGGAUCUCAUCAAGCUGGACAUUUCACGCACAUUCCCCUCACUAUACAUCUUCCAGAAGGGUGGGCCAUACCAUGACCUCCUCCACAGUGUGCUUGGAGCUUACACCUGUUACCGACCCGAUGUUGGAUAUGUCCAGGGAAUGUCCUUCAUCGCUGCCGUGCUGAUCCUGAAUCUGGAGGAGGCUGAUGCAUUCAUCGCCUUCGCCAAUCUUCUUAACAAACCUUGUCAGAUGGCUUUCUUCAGAGUGGACCACGAACUGAUGCUGAAGUACUUUGCAGCUUUUGAGGUUUUCUUUGAGGAAAAUCUCCCCCGACUGUUCAGUCAUUUUAAGAGCUCUGGCCUCACCCCAGACCUCUACCUGAUUGACUGGAUCUUUACGCUCUACAGCAAGUCCCUGCCCCUGGAUGUAGCAUGCCGCGUGUGGGACGUGUUCUGCCGCGACGGGGAAGAGUUCCUGUUCCGCACAGGCCUCGGCAUGCUGCGUCUGUACGAGGACACGCUCCUGUGCAUGGACUUCAUCCAUGUUGCCCAGUUCCUUACACGCCUGCCUGACGACGUCUCUGCUGAGCGCCUGUUCGCCAGCAUCGCCUGCACGCAGAUGACCAGCGGCAACCGCAAGUGGAGCCAGGUGUUUAGUGCACUAAUGAAGGACAAAGAAAUGGACAAGAGUGGCAGUCCUUGUCUGAAAAGCUCCUGACCCGUUCCUGAUCAACCUCAGGCUUUUAUCAUUUACGCUGUCUCUUCAUAGUUUUUAAUUAUGCCAGUGGGAUAAAUCAAAGCUUAUUAAUUUAUAAAAAUGAGACCCACUUUGAAGACUGAAGUGAAACUGGUUUUCUCUGAAACAGCUGCCAGUAUUACAGAAGUGGGAACAAUAUAACUGUGGGUUUGUAGCUGUAGAACAUUAAAACUUAAAUUUACAAAUUUCUGGGGCAAAAAAGGAUUGAUAUGCUUUCAUACAUGCUUCCACCAGAAAACAUGUUCUACCAGCUUCCUAUUGUACUGUACUUAAGACCAGCAGUUAGGUAGGUGUGUGUGUGUGUGUGUGUGUGUGUGUGUGUGUGUGUGUGUGUGUGUGUGUGUGUGUGUGUGUGUGUGUGUGUGUGUGUGCGCACACACUGAGGGGGGCACUUUGAGAUUACUUUCCUAUGAAGAAAAGAUUCCUCAGAAAUGUUACAUCAGUACCUGGUGCAUUAUAACAAAUGAACCAAUACAAAUGUAUAUCUUUAAUGUUAUAUGAUUAUAGCUGCUUUCUUCUUUUAACAUAGUGCACUUAAAACUGUGAUGUGAUGAAGGAUAUUGUUCUUAACACCAAUGCUACUUUUAAAUAACAAUGCUUCAGGAGUAGGGGAAAUACUUUAUACACAACAACAAAAACAAUGAUUUUGUAUAAAGAUACUUUUUUGAGUGAGAACUCGGUGCAAUCAAUGUUUUAAAAGCAGUUAAGCUUUGCAGAAAGAUUUAUAUGCUUGUUGCAGUGAGUUAUCCUUUUCCACACUUCUAGGUUUUUCCAUCCAAAUGGCCAUAUAACAGUUUUGUUUAGUUUGUGGUAAAGGUACUUUUUCAGUGGUGGACUGAGACACUAAAUUAUCAAAAUGCUUAAAUGGUCAAAUGGACUUCUGUUCUGACUUACUCGUGUUGUUUUUUUUUCCUUCUGUCAGAUUUUGUGGGGUUUUUUUGUUUGUUUGUUUUUUGUCCAUAUUGUUUUCUUGUAAGAUUUAAGGUGCAUUUCUUUAGGCUGUUCUGCACUGGAUUCCUGAUUUAUUUUCUAACCUGGAGAUUGUCUGUCUUGAAUUUCUUUUCUACUUACACCAUCCCUUUUAUUGUACAGUUUUCAUACACAUUGAGGAGAAUUGUAAAUAUAUGAUGAAGUGAAUACCACUACUGUAGAAUACAUGUAAAUAAACCUAGUAGUGGACA